CAGUAAAUAGUACAAGAAAAUGACGUCUUAUAUUUUACAUAAUUAACAGACAAACUUCUUUGUUUCUUGGAUGUGUCGGCAAAAACAUCGCUAUUGAACCGGCUUACUCCAAUCAGACCCACGCCGUUAAAACUGCGUAUUCUGUCGAUGUUUAUCGGUUUCCCAACGCUAUUUCGAAAUGCAAGAAAAUUCGGUUUAUGAUGAAAAACCCGAUGUAACUAUUAGCAGAAAGGUUUAUGAUGAAUCUCACUUUACUAAAGAAAAUCACCGUCACCUGUCGGCUGAACCGCUGGAAAAGAAUAACUGCUUUCGCACUGUUUGCACAAAACUUUCUUCAUGUUCCUGCUCUCGGACUGGAGUUUGCAACUUCCUCUAUGGACUCGCUCCGAUCAUUCAAUGGCUUCCAAAGUACAACGUGAAGAAAGAUUUAGUCGCUGACAUAACUGGUGGAAUUACAGUUGGAAUAAUGCAUAUUCCUCAAGGUAACAAACAAGUGUAGCCAUCUUACACGGGAUCCCUGAGCAGUUAUUACAUUAUAAUAUUUGUAUCUCGGCUUACAUUAAACGUCAAGGGUAUUUAAUGAGUUGUAUCGGACUUCUGUGCGAAUGACAAAAUCGGAUAUCAUCAGUUUUAUUUGCCCUUAUUUUACUUGCUCGUUUAUCAUUCUAUUUGACCACCAUAUAUAUAACUAUGAUAUAACUUAGUUACACAACACUGGGAUAGAUAAUACGGAAAUAGACAAACAAAUAUUUUAAUCAAUAAGUAUUUUUUUCUUGCUUGUUUCAAAAAUUGUCUAUUGGCCGGCAUGCUCUAUCCCCGAUGUACAAAAUAACCGGCUAAGCAAAAAGUAAUAGCGUAAAUCAGUUUUGUUUUCUGAAUUAUCGGCAUUCACUUCCUAUAGGAACAGCAGUACCGAAUUUAUCUUUAGUUGGAGUGUAGUUAGGUGUUCGUCAACAUUUAAAUUUGUGUUGCCUGAUUUGAUAUUUGCAAAUUACUUGUCGUACGUCAAGAGGUUAUCAGUAGGUUAUGAAUCACGCUAUAGCUUUACUUAGAGAAUAUUUUGGUAAAGUAGCAGCUAAAUUUUUACUCAACGGAGUCCCACUGAGCUGCAGAGCGAUCCAAGGUUAAAAAGCUAAAUAUAUCAGAGUUUUUUGUUUCCGUGCCAUCUGACCCGGUUAAGUCUUUCUUUCUUGUUCAACUUUUAAUGUUUCGCGUGCUGCGGCAAUUUAUGUUGUUAUAUUCCUAGGCUUUCACUCAGCUAAAUAGGGACUGUCAUUGGUUGAUUCUUGGUCACAUGGCCUUGACUAAAAGAUCGUGAUACAUUUGAGUAAUUGUACCCCGCUCGGGAUACUUUACAGCACGUGAUCAAAGCAUGGUAGAAAGUGCGGGAAAGAAACUGCCAGUUUUCACUUUUAUUUCGGGGAUGAACACAACAACACAAACAUAAAGCCCCCACGUGCACAGGUGGCCCAAUUGGACUUUGAAUUUUUAAGAGAAUGUAUGAAAAUAAACCAAAUACGUCCUAAAGUCCAUUUUUUGACAAGAAUAGAAAUAAAAAUAACUUGCCUUGUGUUGUUGUUUUGCUUUUUACUGUGUGUCUAGAUCCAUUUGGAAGCCGCUUUAUCAACACUUAAACGUUGAUAAAGCGGCUUUUCCAAAUGGCUCUAGAGGCGAAGACACAGUAAAAGCAAAACAAAAACACAAGGUAAGUCAUUUUAUUUCUAAUUUUGUCAAAAAAAUGAAUUUAGGACGUAUUUGGUUUAUUAUCAUACAUUCUUUUAUAAAUUCAAAGUCCAACGAAUUCCCACAGAGUUUGGGCCGCAUAUGAAGCGUUAGCCUCAAGCUAAAAAGCAAAUAUUUUCAAAGUUAUCCCAGAAGAGAAUCAGCAUCUAGUGGCGGAAAAAGAUGAAGAUAAUAUAAAGAAAGUACUUUGUAAAUCAUUCAUUCAGUGGUUUUGAGAAUUAAGUUUGUGUUCUUACAAGAACCGAGUCGACUGUUUUGAUCCGCUUGGGUUAUUCUUUUGUCGCUAUUGAAGUAGCCGCCUACGCAGACCUUCUGAGGAGCUCGUCAAAACCAACUGUUUCCCUCGGGUUCUGACAUUAAGUGUAUAAUAUUGUAUAUUAUUUCAGUAGCGCCGGUUAAAUCAAAUCUGGUAUUAGCCGCCUGAUCUCGCUUUAUUGAUGAACUACGGACUGCUUGGUAUUUCAAGUGGUUGCAAAAAUGUUUUUGUUUUUUAGUUUUAAAUAGAGAAAAGAAGGGGCGAUUACGUCACUGAACAGUACAGUGAGAAUCACUUUUCAAAAGUUUUAUAGCGUCGUGAAAAUUGAUUUGUUUAGAGAUUGUCUCUCGGUUCCAACUCAAUAAACCGGUUCACGUUCUUGAAUACAUGAUAAGUGGCGAGGGCAAGUACAUUUAAGAAUAAAAUUCCAAACAGUAAUAACAAUGUUCAUUCGGCAGCAUCUGUGAACUCAUAUUAAAGGUGUUUCCAAACGGAAAGUUUUUAUUGAUUCAAUUCAGGGUUCGAACUUCCACAAAAACCUUUUAAUUAUGAGCCAGUUUGCCAUGAUUACGCAUCAUGCACUCCUUGAAGCGUGAACCGGUAGAGAGUGAAAUAAAUGGAGCCCAUUUCGUACCCCCUAGUAAGACCACGCAACUUAUUUGUGGCAAAAACCGAAAGAGGAGCGCAGUGCCACCUUUGAAACUUCUUCCCUUCUGAAAAACUGAUGUUUUGUAUUGGAAAAACCCAGGCGUAACCACGCGAACCAAAUCGAACGUUUUAUUAAUAGAGCUUACUCGAACUCAAUCGAAGUUAAUCGAAUGAUUGGGUUCGAUCAAGUUCGGUAAUCGAACACAAUCAAACUCCCCCACAAAAAAGUUUUAGUAAUCGAACCCAAUCGAACUUUCAUUGAGUUUGAUUAGGUUGGAUGGUCGAAGUUGGCAUACAUUCGAUUAAAAAUAGGACGUUAUACAGGAAAAUUGCGCGUGUCUUUGCUGAAUGUUUCCUUUGUCUUGGGUGUCUUACGACUGAGUAUAUUCUGGAAGUGGUUGUAGCGGAUCAGUGUAGUGUAUUUUUUGGAGCAGAAAGUUUCAUUAUGAUACAAGACAAGAGAGAUGUACAAGAACACUCGGGAAGAACAAGAGGCUAUACAGCCAUGCAACUUUAUCCUUUAGUCCCUUUAAUCAACGUCCUCAAUCACGGAGUGAAUAUCAGUCUUCGUUAAAGAGUUAACUUUGCAUCGUCCCUUGUGGGUAACGUCACCGUCAGUCGCACCAGCACGCCUUGAACUCCUCCACUUUGUACAGUCAAUCUAUUGUUCGUUUCACCGGAAUCUUUCUUGGUUCUCUGCUGAUUUCCCGGUGAUUUCUUUGCUGCUUUCCUGAUCCUUUACACGCUAAAAGCCGACUUUUCAAAAUCCUUGUCUAUUUUGAGUGUUGCUUGGUUUCAGAAAUUUCGAUUAUAAGUUCGAUUGGUUCGACUGAGUUCGGAAAAUGACCUUAAUCGAACUCUCACGCAAAUCGUUUGAUUCGAUGUGUUCGAUUACCGAACUUAAUCGAACCCAAUCGUUCGAUUAAGUUCGACUGGGUUCGAUAAGGUUCGAUUACCGAACGGAUUGGGUGGUUACGCGGGGGAAAACAAAUCUAUGAUGCCAAAAUACCAAAAUAACUGGAAUUCCAGUGAUGUAUAUUGAUGAAAUAAAUCUUUUAUGAACCGCGGAUGGGAAGUUUUAAAAUGAAAAAGAACAGAUGAUGUCAGUGUAACUGCUCUACUGUUAGCGAACAAUUCUUGCAAGGACUACUUGGACAAAUAGUAGCGAGAGAAAGCCUGAUCUUGGUAUUAAUCAGGAUCAGCAAUACAGAAUAACACUUAAAACUGAAGGCAAGGCCCAUCGGACAGCUACAAUUAUUAUUGAUUUUGUUCAUAUUGAAGGUUUGGCUUUUGCAAUGUUGGCAACCCUUCCUCCUGUUACUGGACUUUACACCGCAAUGAUUCCUGUCUUGCUUUAUAUGAUCAUGGGAACAUCAAGACAUCUAUCAGUAGGUGAGUUACAAAACUGACACCACCGACUUUUUUCUUCUUCUUCAGAAACAAAAAAGAACAGCCUUCGGCUGCUUUCUAUUCUAUCUCCCUUUUGAUGAUGAGAUUAGUACGUACUGCUACAUUGCAAUAUACUUCCCGUAUUGCCAGCCAUAUUCUAGUUGGUCCGCCAAGGACUGUAAAUAACAACUGACACAAGAGCGCAUGGGAAUCCUGUGCACUUACCACGAUAAGUCAUUUUAUCUUUUGUCACGUGACAGGUAGUUUCGCAGUGAUUUGUCUGAUGGUGGCGCAGGUCUGUGAGCGUGAGGUGGCUUCCAUGUCAUUUGACUCUACUCCUGCUCCAGGAAAUCAUACGGGAUCCAGUCCCUCUCCAUCUUCCACCGGUGGCAGCCUGUGGAGUCCAAGAGACGCAGCCAAGCUAGAAAUAGCCAUUUCGCUGUCUUUUCUUAUAGGCAUCAUACAGGUUAGUUACCUGUCCUACCCCAGUUGUUAAAUUACUAUCCAGUAGAUGCGUACCCUUAUUAAGAAAAGAAGUUGAGUUAUCUGGUGGACAAGAAGUCCCUCAUUUUCCCAAGAGAUCCAGAGCGAGCAAAUUACGCGAGAGCGUGACAAACGCCGCGCGCGAGGAGAGACGUGCCACCUUUCUCGCAGCAGGAGAUUUUCCCGCGCGUUCGUGUUCGACUAUUUCUGAGAAAGAUAAGGGACUAAUGGGACUACUUUUAGUCCAGUGUAUAGAGAUUUUUCCAGUGAAUAGCGUCAACCACCUGUUGAACAACGGGGGCCUGAUUAUAUCUAUGUAUUCAUUUUCUAUUCGACUUGUCAAUGUCAGUCUUCAUCAGGAUUGUCAGAAAACAUUUUGGUAAAGGGAAAAGACUGGCCUAUGGCAGUUUAAAUAGCAUUCCAGCCAAAGAAAGAGCAUAAUGUAAUCUGUUACCUAUAGAGUGUUUUCAUAUGACGUCACGGCGACCAUAUGGGUGUUCCAAAACAAUAAAACGGCGGCCAUGUUGGUGUCCCAAACCAAUCCUCUGGGAGUUGAACUCUUUUCUUAUGCAAACGUUUUCUUUUGUUCCAAUAAAUUUCCAUAAAUGCUGGCCACGUGAGUGAAAACACUCUAUAGAAGACGCAACACACGCAAUCACCCAUAUAUCUAUCAACCAAAGACUGUUUAAAUCUUAAUCACUUUUAGGGUCAGUGCUCACUUGACUACGCACCUAGCAAUAAAGAUCUAGAAUUUUUGCAACCAGCAUCUCUUGUAGGAGGAUUUUUGCAUUAUAUUCCAUCUCCUUCCUUUGCAACCUUUUCAGUAACAAGAGAGAAAUUGUUUUUUAUUAUUAGAUUGCCAUGGGUGCGGCUAGGCUUGGUUUUGUGGCGACAUUUUUGUCCGAUCCGUUGGUCAGCGGCUUCACAACUGGGUCAGCGGUGUUGGUCGUUAACAGUCAAAUGAAGCACAUUCUUGGACUUAAAGUACCACAGUUUGCAAAGCCCUUUGUUGCACCUAAGGUGAGUUUAGAUGUCAUUUUGGCUCCUCCUCCGAGAAACCCUAAAUAGCUGUUCUUUAACAUAUUCUUGAAAAGGAUCUGACCUGCAGACCUCCGUCAAUAGGACCUCGAUUUUCGUGCAGCCCACCCACUCAACACCCAGUUAAAGUCCUGGUUUAACGCUCUACUAAUCCUUAUAACGCCGGUGACUUCCGAGGACUUAUGUAUUUGACUCGACUUUUUCCUAAAGCCAGUCUCGUUCUCAAGCUCUCUCCACUUUUUGGGACAAAUAGAAGAAAGACCCAGGAAACUAAAUUUGCCUUGAGAAAAGCGAAGACAAUUAGGCCAUUUCCGAGUUCCCCGGGCCUCUGUUUCAAAACGAGGGUAGGUGCUCAGCCUUUGAUAUGGAAAUCAUUUUUUCAUUCUCAUGCAAAUAAAACUCAUUUUCACCAAAAAGGUUGUUCACCUAGCCUCAUUUUGAAAGUGAGGGUUUUUGGAACUCGGAAGUGGUCUAUUCACUAAUUUCACAUUGCCCAUAAUACACUCUUUUACCCUCAAAAAUUUUGCAGAAGCAUUGUUUUCAAUUUCUCUUAGGACGACUGCAGUGCCCUGGAGAAAUUGAAAACAAAAUUUGUUUUGAAAAAUUUGAAGGGGGAGACGUAAACAAGGUGUAUCGUGAGCAAUGUGAAAACAGUGAAUAAGAUAAACACAAAAACAACAACCAACAACCCCCCUGUUAUGAUAUACAUUUAAUUACUGUACUGUACUAUUGUAACUAGAAUGGCAGUCUCCCUUGAUUUUCAAGGACAUAAGUUUACUGCUGUACUUAUAUCUUUCAGGCCACCAUUCAUAUGCUAAAGAACCUCCCUUCUGUGAAUGUUGGUUCACUCGUAACUGGCGUGCUGUGUCUUGCGGUGUUAAUUGGACUAAAACAAGUGAAUGAGCGAUUCAGAGAUAGGCUCAAAAUUCCCAUACCAGCGGAACUACUUGUGGUAAGUAACACUGGCUUAUUACUCGGUUUGGAUCUAUUCAUUUUGUUUCGUUCCUUUAGUUGAAAAAAUGAUUCUUUAUCUUUCCUUUUUCUCUAGGUUGUUGUUGGUACUGCAAUUUCAUACGGAGCAGCAAUCAGCAAAAACUUUGGAGUAUCGAUUUUAGGAAAGAUACCCAAGGGGUAAGCUUGUUGAACAAAAAAAAGUUUAAAAAAAUAAUCCUUAUACUACCCCAUUUCCUUCUUUUUAGGCUUAAAUUGUAGAAACAUCAUUGCUCUCCAAAACGCGGCGUGUGUAAGUUUAGGUUUCAGCUUCUGAAACUCAGAAAAACGUGUUAAUAGCCCUACUUGGCCGAUUUUGGCCCGUUCUCUUCUAAUUAAGAGCUAUUCAAAGUGCUUUCGCAUUCAAUUUUGCCGCUUCAUUGAUUAUGAAUAAUCAAUGAUGUCCAGGCAUUCUGCGCGAUGAAAAAGUUUAGAAAACAAUAAUCAACUUUUAAAAAGAAAUUUGAUAAGUCACGGAAACUAUUAUCUAUAAGCAUUAGUAAAAUACUUGCAAAACGAGGUCAGCAGAUAUUAUACUUCACUGUACAUAAGCGAAAGCGUGGUCCCUAAUUUAUUUGAAAAUCUUCCUUCAUCCAUCACAAACUUCCGAAUCAUAUAUUUCUAAUUAAAGAAAAAAACCGGGAAAAGAGUAACCACAAUACUUUAAAUUUUUUCAAUUUCAGACUUCCGCCUUUAAGCGUACCUUCAUUGUCUCUGAUGUCGAAUAUCUUCUCAGAUGCCUUUGUUAUCGCAGUGGUUAUAUUUGCUACAAACAUUUCGAUAUCUAAGAUGUUUGCAAAGAAAGGUGGCUAUUCCGUGGAUCCCAACCAGGUUUGAUAAUAAAAAAAACCUAAAUAGUUUCGCUCGGCCAAGAGGGCCUGGGUUAUGGAAGAAAAAACAUUCGUUCAGAGGUCAACGGGGCUGCGCAGCAAGCAACAAGGAAGAGAAGUUCUCGGCCACAUCCUGGCCCUUCAAACUAAAACUGGAGCAAAAAAUCCGGCAACUUAGGCAUUUCUCCUCGUGUAUUUCUUCCGAUGCCUGUGUUAAACAGUUUAGUCAAUAGAUCACGCUGUUAGAGGCGAUUCUGUCAUGAUAAUGGACGAACUUACAAGAGAUUUACUGAAUUUAGUUAUUUUAGAUUGUUACUCUUUUCUCACGAAAAAUUCAUUUGAUUUAUUUUAGGAAUUAAUAGCGUAUGGUGCUGGUAAUUUCGUGGGCUCAUUCUUUUCUUGUUUUCCGAUAUGUAAUGCCUUGGCGCGGUCAGUGGUCCAGGAGAACCUUGCCAGCACGCAGGUAAUGUUAACCAGUGGCACAAAAGCCAUUGGCGCUUUUGAAAUAGGACGCGUUUUGUGCGUAGGUUGUUUAUAUGGCGCGCCAGAUAAAUGAUGAGAUGUUAGAUAACCGUCCUUGAGCUAACCUGAUCGCCUGAUCACUGGUUAUCCUUGAGCCUGCGAGCAAACUCUCCAAAUAGGGGAGGUCGCGAAAAGUCACGUGAGAGCUUGCUCUCAAGCUACAUUCAAAGCAGGAAUAAAUCAGACUAUAAUGAACCAAAACCACCGUAGUAUUUUCGUUUGUGGUGCGAGGUCUUAAUUAACUUGGAUGCCUAGUUCAUCAGGUUGCAAUCACAACAUCCUUAAACGUUCCUGUUCUUCUCAAAUGAGACAGGUCUGUAAACUGAUGUUUCCUCCGUAUGUUCUAUUUCGCAGCUUUGCAGUAUAGUCGUGAAUGCGCUGGUUCUUCUUGUGCUGCUGUUUCUUGCUCCGCUUUUCUUCCACCUUCCAAAGGUAAAAACAACAAAGUCCGGAAGGUAGGGUAAGGUAUCCAGACGGCUGCUUAACUGAUCAAAUGCCACCCCCCACCCCUGAACAUAAACUCAUGUAACAUGCCUAAACUGUGUCCCAGAUCCACCCAACUUAGGCGUUUCCCCUCCCCCCCCGCAAAAAACAACGCCAGGAAAUUUGUGGCUCAAGACCCAUUUCAAGUUUAGGUCUUAGCUUGCAAACCACUAAGACUGAUCCUAAUUUAGUUCAUUAAAUUAGAAUUUUUCGCUUUUCUUCAAAACUCACAAAUGCUGACCUUUAAUAAGCGAUUUCGUUCAGGUUCAAAACUUUUCCUGCACUUUUAGGAAUGAGUGUCAAUCAUAAAAGAAGGAAUUUUGUCUACCGCGUGCGAUAAAACAUGAAACUAAGGCCUAACUCUUUCUCAUAUCAUCUCCUCUACUUUCUAUACCAGGCCAUUUUAGCCUCUGUUGUGAUCGCUAACCUUAUUGGACUUCUGAAGCAGUUUUCCAGGUUAAGAGAUUUGUGGAAAAUAUACAAAACGGACGCGGUAAGUUUUGGAAUAAAAAAUAUUUAACAUGAAAGUCGAAAAUAACUCCGACGCAUUAUGAUUUUAUCAUAAGUGCACUCUUCGCACUGUGAGGGGAAUACGCCCCAACUUAAUACCCUCGAUAAGCACUCUAUAAGCUAUCCUGGGUGCCAGAGGGUUUUUUUCUCAGCCGAGUACGGUUUACUUCAUCCAAGGUAUUUCGAGAAGGGAGCAGACGGACCAAAGCCAGGGUAGUUAUAGGUGCAGCGCAGUAGGGGUACACUCAGCCGGCUUAAGAGAGACCUUUAGAUUCUAAAACGAGUACGACUACGAGUACGAGAUUUCCUCAAUACCAUGAAAAGAAGUGCUCGCGAGUGAACCAGCGUCAUUUUGGCGGGAAAACGUUUUAGUCAUUGUCAUUCUACUACGAAUUUUAGCGAGUUGUUGUGGUAGCGGAAACAAGUUAUAAAGUGUUAGAGGUUUUAUCAUUUUGCUGCCAGGGCAUGGCUUCAUCUGGUUCAAUAAAGAUAAUGGUUUAUUUGUGGCGAAAUGGAAGUACAAUGAGGCUUUCCAGGGGUGUCUAUUAUUUGCGUUCUCGUCGUAGAAUGUGCACUAUGAGCAUGCUACAAGCGUGCUGUGAGAGAACAGUGAGCCUAAGCCUACUCAGGGCGUGACCAAUUAACAUGCUAUAAGGGCACAAUAGCGCGCUACGAUCGUACUAUAAGCACAUUGAGUGAGAACAAUAAGCGUAAAAACUUUGUAUACGCUGCUCUGAAAUGUAUAGUGUGUUUAAUGAGAAUUUAGUGACCAUUGAACUGUAGUUUUAGUGAUUAUUUGUCCCGUGUUUGAUUUGCAGGUUGUGUGGUUUAUAACAUGUUUUGGAGUCAUCUUGAUGGGAGUUGAUUUAGGACUUGGGAUAGGAGUGAUCAGCGCAUUGUUUGCCGUUGUUAUAACUCUUUCAAGGUGAAAGAAUUUCUUCAAAACCUUCUCAUAAUCCAUUUACACAAACAAACUGAACAAACAAGCGGUUAGGACAGAAGUUAGUCAACAUUCAGUCAGUUAUUUGAGAGCAGGUCACUGAAAUCAUGAGUCAAUUAAUUGUUCAGUCAGAAUGCACAUCUUUCAUAAUAAUAGUCUGUUUGUGAGCCAGUGUAGUCAUAACCUGAGAAGCAAACCUUUCCACUUGGUUCACAUUGUGCAAAAGUUGGAAAUUUUUGUCGCCCUUCACUGGCCUCGCUUUGCUCCAAAAAAGGAGGAGGCCAAAUCUCGGACCCCUUCCCUAUAUCUGACACUGAAUUUUUAUUCUGAAGCUUAGUUCCAUUUUUUGUUCUCAGGUCAAAAUACUCCGUUCUUGGACAAGUAAGGGGGACAGAGUUGUACCGUGAUGUAAAAGAAUGUCAUCUGGUAUGUUUUUAAGGACAAUAGCCGGCAUCCUUUGCGCAUUAGAUCUUAGGAGACCGAGAACAGACUAAAUAGACAUGUGUUUCUCUUAGCUAGUUCAGUUACUCCACAGAUCAAUGUAAUGUAACGUGUGCACCAAUCAGACCUGAAACAAAGCAUCAAGGCCGCGGGUGUCAGGCACACGAAAACGUGUAGCGAGUUGAUUGAAAAAAAAAAACCGACUCUUUGAAUCACCUGUUGUCCAUAAGCUUAAUAUUUUCACAUUUGUUAAAUCCAAAAUAAUGACAUCUUUUUACAGCCAAUGCGCAUCACAAACGCACUCGUCGCGUUCAUAGGUGGAAUAAUAUGCCAGCGGAAUCAGUAGGGUAAAGACUAAGACUGCACUAACGUAAAACCGUCAUUUCUCAUUAGGCCUUCGAGGUACCUGGAGUGAAGGUGCUCAGAUUUGAGUCCUCUUUGUACUUUGGAAAUGUGGAGCGCUUUAGAAGUGCACUUAUUGCCGUCGCUGGCAGAGAUCCGGGUGUUCAACAACACAAGCGUAAAGAGGUGAAACUCCAGUCCGGAGACAAAGCUGAGCUACUCGAAAAUGAGCAAGAGGACGACUUCAGCGAUAACCAAGAGAUUCCAAACGGAGUAAGAAACGGUUUUUUAGCAGUUCAUUCACUAUAUUACAAUUUAAUGACAGACAAAGGGACAAUACAGAGUUGUCCUAAUUACAAAUGACCAACAAAGGAACAAUACUGAAUUGUUCUAUAUGUAUAUGCUAUGAAAGUAAAAACGAAACACAACCCAGUUAAGGAUGCUUUUUCAAGUGUUGAAGACUAGACUGUAAAGAUGACCAACAAAGGAACAAUAAUAGACAAUAAGUUAUUUUGUUAUCUUCUCAAAAAAAAAAAAAAAAUAAUAAUAAUGAUUCGCUGUGGAGAGGACCCAACGCUAUUCAAUAUUAGUUUUUUCGAAGUUAAGGUGAUGUUACACGACUGGAGACGAUUCGCAACGACGUUUUUUAGCGCAACAGGGCGUUCCAACAUUGUUGCGACAUUGUUUCGAAUGGUUGCAUAUUGUUCCAAUAUCACAUCGCUGUGUUGUUGCUAAAAAUCGUCGUUGCGAAUGGUCUCGUGUAACAUCGGCCUCUAGCCUGCGUGGCAGUCCCAGGUUUUGUUGGGGUGAAGGGAGAAAUUUUGAUCACACGCGCGCGUGCUCGCGCUGACCAUUUCGAAGUAUUGUGAGUAACCGAAGAGUGUGUUUUAUUUUAAAAACAGAAACUGGUAUCUGUGCCAAACGGUGUUCACAAACAUAUGGAAGUUGAGAUGGAGGAGCCAGAAGAACGCAUUCAUGCUGUUGUAAUAGAUGGAAGUAGUUUUACCUUCAUUGAUUCUGUAGGGCUACACGCACUUCCAGCGGUGAGUAUUAGAGUGUAUCUGAUUUUAAUACUUGAUGUCAACCUUCAAAUAUCUCGGGUUGCGGACUACGGGAUAUACAGCACUGCACCAUUUCUAUUACGUUUCUAAACACGCGGUACGCGGUGACAAGUUUAUACCAGAAGAUAUCUACCGUAAAAUUCCGAAAAAAAGCCCCGGGUUUGUUUGCCUUACGAGUUGGGGGGAGGUGGGGGGAGAUGGGGGAGAGGGGGGCUUAUAUUUGAAGGGGCUUAUUUUCGGAUUUUACGGUAUCUCAAGUGAUUGCUAUACUGUUCGCGGUGUUUUGGUGCUGCCUGUUUUAAAAACGAGGUACAUACAUACAGUAAAUGUAUUGAUUUAUUUGAAGGCGACGCUUAUUGGAGCAUUAAAGGUAUGCAAUAAGUUUCUCCGUACCUUGUAGCCGGUUACACAGAACUGUAGUAAAUGUUGCCAGGCACUCUAUAGUUUAGCCUUUUAAUAUAUCGCUUCGUUCGUUAAGCAGCCUUCUCUCAAAUAGGUACAGUUAGUUGUUUGUACUUAUUUUAAGAUAAGCGAAUGUCGAUUUGACCGUAAUUUUACUACUUGCGGCUAUGUUGGACUUCUCUUCUGCCGACAAAAGUUUCCUUAUUCCGUCUAAUUAGUAGUUCGUCAUACUUGAUUCUUUGAGGGCCCCGCUCAUUGCAGGGCGGCGAAAAAUUAGUCUAAAGACUCUUUCAAGUGUUUUCCUCCACGGAAAUCUUUAGUAAAAGGCGAAAGAUUUAUGCGUGAUGAAGGAAAACCAGAGUUACCUUCUACUGUCGACACCAAAAAUUUAUGUUGGCCACGAUGUGUUAGCGAUUAUGGGACAAAAUAAUUACGCAUACGCAUAGCCUUAUACGUGUCCUUCGUGAGAACCAAGUGUUAUUUCUAGCUUAUAGUAUGUUUACGGUCUUUGCUGUGAUAAGCCUCUAGCUUUUUAUGUCACCAAAACCUAAUUUGUCAGCUUCCUCACUAGUUGCUUGCUUUUCUGUUUUCAGCUGAUUGCCGAGUUUAAAAAGGCCGGAGUUCUUAUCUACUUGGCUGGCUGUUCAUGUGAGUUAUUAAUCUUAAGCGAAUUAAUCAGGCAAAUCAUCGAAGCGGCUUUAACAAUAGAGGUUUGAAACCAAAAGAAACUGCAUGUAAUCGUUUUAGUAAUCACAACAGUACCUCGAGAGUAAGCUCGAAGUUAGGUUGUGCUCUUGUUCCGUUUCCUUCCUUGUCGCUAGCUAUCCCCGCAUCAAUCUUCCCGAAAAUCGCUCGCAGUGUCACAAAGGACUAGGACACUUCGUGCUUAUUUACUGCAUGUCUAAGUGCUUCCUCGGAUGAGAAGAAACCGUUUAGGUCAGACAAAAAGUACCAAGAAGUUUUUUACCAAGUUCAUAUGAUAUGGAUUAGCAACAGCUGCCAAAGUCUAUCUGUUAAAGAGCGAAAGUUUUGAAUCAGUCUUCAGGUCGUAAGGUCGCUAAUGCUAUUGACGCAUGUUGGGGAGCAAGCACGCCAACAUGCUCCUCGCUCCUCGCUCCGAGCGAGGAAAGACGGCUGUUUUCGCAGGCUAAAUCAACAGGUCUUAAUUCAUUGUUUUAAUUCUUUAUCAUAUUCUUCCUUUGCAGCGAUUAUAACUAAAAGGCUUGGUAGUUCAUCUGGGAAGGCUGCAAUCUCAGCAAUCGAUCAUCACGUGAUGUUUCCUUCAAUACAUGACGCUGUUAUAUCAGCCGUACGGUCACGUGAUUUUGCGGUGAGAAAUAACUUCAGUGGAUCAUAAGUGUUUCCGCGGUAGCCACACAUGCGCAAUUGACAAAAGCAUAUUCAAUAUUCUUUUAUUUUCUUCUUGCAGAUUUGGGGCACAGAAGACGUUGAAAAAGAGACAGUUUUAUAACAAUUUCAAGGCAUAAAGGGCUUAUCAGCAUACAGAUUAUGAUAAGCAUUCAGAGCAUACAUAUCGCUACAGAGAAUGGUAGCUGAUAAUGGUGGAUUUGCCUUUUAUAAAACGCAGUCAAAUGAAUCAAAAAUGAACAUUAGUUGGCAUUUAAUAAGAAUGCUCAAAAAUAGAACUAACUGAAAGUUAGGCGUAACUAAAAUAUUAGCUUAUUUGACCAGGUAUUUAGUUUUGUUUUCACAGUAUUUAAAGGUCAGUAUAAUAUUUUGUUUAUAAUGUGGAAUUCAAAGGAGAGGAAUUGAAGUAUGUUUAUCUGAAUAUGUAGUUGAAACUGAAUGGCAGGCCAGUAAUCAUGUUAGUACGGGAAGAUUCCAAUGUAAACUUGGAAUGAUCUGAGAGAACGGAAAAAAACGGUUGCUGUAGCUUCACAACAGUUUUGCUUGCGUGAAAGGUGUUGAAAAGACCGGUAGGGGAGGAAAGAAAAAAAGGAGAGGAGAUUGAGGCGAAAAUUGGUCGCGUAUUGACGGUUGACAGUAUCGGAUAAAUGGGGAAAUGGUGGACGAUUUGCAAAAAGAAGAAAAAAGGUGAAACAACAACAACAAAAAAACGGUUCUUAGACCAGGCCCUCUCCUUCCCUUUUUUGUUCUACCCCUCCCCCGCCUGUCACAAGGGCUAUGUCUAUAAAUAGGCUUGAUUACCAGCCGUUUUGCGGAGGAUGUUUCCGAAAUCGAUUGAAAGUUGUUUCAUGAUGAUGAUUCAACGGUUUCUUUUUCCCCGCUAUGUCCCUGGCCGCAGAUUAUUCACGUACAAUAAUGUCAAGGAAGCUGGUUUUCCUGAGACAGUUUUGAACUGUUUUAUUCAUGCUUAAGGUGCAAAGUUUAUCCCUUAUACU